AUGGCGCUGCUCUCAUUUCGACUUAGCAUUGUGUUUACAAUAGGAUUACUGUUGCUGAAUGGAUUCGUUACCGAUUCGGCAGUGCUCGCAUUUGUCAACGAAGAAGGUCCGGAGCGGCUGCGGCUAACAGCCGCUCCACCGUCACAUGUCAUCGUGACGGGGAGUCGCAAUGCUCCGGUGUAUCUGCCCUGCCAGGCAGAACUUGGACCCGAAACGUCCGAUGACAUACCGAACAGUAGUUACGGCGACGAAUAUCUGGACGGACACAACGAGGAUGAUGAUGAGGAGGAGGAAGAUGACGAGGGUUAUGAUGAAGAUAUUGAUGAGAUGGAGGACGAUUUUCUUCCCCACACCUCUUCACUGCUAACGGGCAACGAUCUGUCCAACGAUCAGCAGCAACGUGUGGAGCAGCAACAACUGGCUCAGCAUUAUUCGCGCCAGUACAAAGACUACGAAACAGAAGACGAUGAUGAUGAGCGUCGGCGCAGGCGGCGGCGUCGUAGAUAUGUCCAUACACAAAGACGUGGUCUCUCCGGAGGGGAAUACUUCGAGUACGUGUGGUACCGUAACGAGGCGAAAUUCCUCACCACCUCCUUCCAGAAUCAGAACCAGCAUCAAACGCAUAAAGGAUUCCGGCUGUUCGAAAACGGGACGCUACGAAUUCCGUACAACCGACAAAAUGGAAACAUGGCAGCGGGCGUGUAUCGUUGUAUGGCAACGCUCGUAAACCAACAGCAACGCUACCAGGGCUCGGUCCUAUCCACCGCUUGUACCGUUUCGAUAGCAUAUCUCGAACGGGACAAUCGGAUCAAUUUCUCCAAUAAUACGAUCGUGGUACGUGCGAAUGAACCAACCGUCCUUCCGUGUCCCUUUCAAAGUUAUCCAAUGGCAAACAUUACGUGGUCGGUGAAUAAAACCGUUCUACAACUGCAAACCAAUUCGGGCAGCUCUAAGGAGAGCAGAUUUUUCCUAUUGCAAAAUGGAAGUCUCCUUAUCAGUGACGUUCAACCCACGGACAGUGGGCGAUAUCGUUGUAACGCAACAAACAAUUAUGUCACCAAAAACAUUCGCAGUACCAGCGUCAAUCUUGCCGUGAUUAGUACACCCCAAAGUAGCCUUACGGUGGAGGCAAAGAAACGUCUGUUGCCACCACUUCAACCAUUGCACCUGUCCGUUCGCGCGGGAGAAACGCUCCGGCUCCAUUGCGCUUGUUAUUCGUGUAAGCCCCAGUGGACGUUCACGCCACGUCACAGCGAGAUGCCUAUUCGACUCGAUAAUUACACCCACCAGGUCGUGUUCGUGAACGUUUCCGUUGCACGCCACGAAGGAAAAUUUACCUGCCGUACACCAGAUGGUACCGAUCGUCAAACAUUCAACGUGAUCGUGCUAGUUCCUCCGACAAUUGUCAGCAAAAUUGCGUCCUACACCUCAUCGGUAGUUGCAUCAAUGGCGUUUAACUGCACUGUCACGGGUAACCCAAUGCCGACCGUUGUCUGGUAUAAGAACGGGCGCAAGCUGACCAGUAAUUACAUCGUACAUUACAACUAUCCGAUGCUGCAAAUCAACACACUAGACCCAGAGGACGAAGGCCUGUACCAGUGUAUGGCGCAGAAUGUGGCCGGUGAAAUUUCCGCCUCGUCGUAUCUGACGAUACGCGACAAACAGAAAUAUCGGCACAAGGCAAAGCGACUAGAAGGAAUCCAGUGCUACCCGGCAGAUACGACCAGCUUGUACUUAACGUUUACCGUACCACCGCAUGCCAGUGCUAACAUUGAGUACGUGAUGUACUAUCUGGCAACAGACGAUCCAUUCCGGUGGUACAGUUCUCCGCCAACACACUUGGCAGCCAAUGGCAGUCUGCGGAUUAGCGGAAAGAUGGUUGAACCGUUUCGCAACUAUACCGUGUUUUUGCGUGCCUGCUCGGUGAGCGAUAUCUCCGGCGCGGAAAACAUUCGUGGCAGUGGUACGCAAGGUAUGCAAAAAGUCAUCCCGUCCAGAUUGUCUAGUGGUGUCCAGUGCGCAUCACAAGGAUAUCCUAUUCUAUCGACCUUUUUCCCUAAUAAUGGAAUUUUUAUCUGGUGGCCAAAGUAUGAUCUUGUACAACCGACUGCCUUCACGAUACAGCUACGACAUGGUGGAAAAAGUAAUUUGACCACCUUUACCAAUCAAAUCAUCGGUACAGUCGAUCCGCUGGACGAUUACAUGUCGCAUGAAGAGGUGGGCCCUCUGCUUGGGAAGAUCGAUGCAGAAACGAAGGAGCUUCAGGAUUGGCUAUGGAACGAGUACGACGUGGCAGAUGGAAGUGGUGGUGACGGCAAAAGUACGGAAAGUCGACAACGUCAGCGACGUCGUCGUCGUCGUCAAAGUCAUAGAGACAAUCGACGUAACCGACAUGCAUUCGAUCUGUCCAAGGAUCGGAAGCAAAUGCUCGAUUCUCUCGCUACUAGCGGAUCAAUGGAUGUGGACGUAGUAAUUCCAAUGAAUGCGGCACACAUUCGAUCCAAUGCGUCCAGCUUGGAGGCGGUAGUGGCAGCGGCAAAACUUUCUGCCGCCGGACUAGGUAGCCAUGUGGAUGAUGGCCAAAUACGGAAAUCUCAUCAACAAAUCACGGUAACGCAGGUGAAGGUUGCGGGUAAUGUGACCGGUAUUCUUCUACCCAACAUACGCAGUGUGAUGGUACGUGUGUUGGGCUCGGUAACUUCAGACGGUGAACCGAUGGUACAGGAUUUGCGAUAUGUUGAAUGGAAAGCGAUUGAUACCGAUGCACCAAGAACCGAUGCGGUGAAUAGAUUUCAGGCGAGUCACAUUGAUGCCAGAAGUGUACAAUUUACGUGGAGUCGUUUCGUUGCAACAAAGACGAUAAACCGGUGCUUACAACUGUGCUAUAAAAACGUAAACUAUGAUGUUACAAUGCGUGGAGGAUCAAGUCGAUUCGAUUGUCAAAAGAUUCCGAAGGAUGCGUCUUACUAUAACGUGAAGGAUUUGGUUCCUGUUACUAUGUAUAAAGCUUUUUUAAAACCUUGCGAAUCGAAUGAGGCGCUCAGCGACAUUUUGGAUUUCCAAACAAAGCACGAUGUUCCCGGGCCUGUAACUAAUCACGAGCUUCAUCGUAAGGGUGGAACAAUUAGCAUAACUUGGGGCCCACCCGAAAAUCGCAAUGGCAUACUGCAGGGCUAUCUGGUGGAAUGGAUAAACGAGGAUAGCGUGCAACACUCGGCAAAUCUUUCUGCCGAUGCUGUAAGCUUCACAUUUCCGAAUGUAACAUCCGAUGAGCGCAUCAAUAUAUCGCUCCGCGCGCUAAGCAGCUCCGGGCUUGGCAUACCGAUAUACCUGAAUCUGAAAAAUUACGAGCCUAUUAUCGAUGGUGUAGAUGGGAAAGGUUCCGGAAGCCCCAACGGUUAUAGCGAUCGUUGGUUACUGCAGCUCUACUUGAUAGUGCUUAUGUUGCUACUGUUCGUGGUGAUGGGAGUGUUUUGCUAUUUAGUAUUUCGUCGGAAAGCAUGCAAAAAAGCAGCCAACAACUCUGGUGCACCACUUAAUAACCGUGCUCCGUUGGCUGCCGGCAACGAUGCCCGGCACCAUCUUGCAAUUGACGCAUCGGCAAUGCAGAUGAUGGGUAUGGUAACUGGAUGCAAUAACGAUAUGCACGAAAUGCAAACUCUAAUUCGCUCAAGCAACAACUAUCCCAAUGCGAAUGGUGGGCUAAUGGCUAAUGGGCUGCCAAUUAGCAGUUGCGUUCAAUCCAUACCGGAAACGAAUCCGGCCCCAGGAGCCGCAUUGGUACCCAGAAAUAGAUUACAAACUAUAAAAUGCUUUGACGCUGUGACAACUGUGCCGCGAAACGAAACAGUUCCAACACUGGUCAAUAAUGCGCGUGGAUGUACAGCUAUAACGUCCUACAAAGAAUUAUUGGGUAAAGAGCGAAUGGAAGGCGCAGAAAAGUUUGCUGCUAUUGCUCCCAACAUAAACCAACGAGGUCGUUACGAAGUUGGUGAUAACGUUGCUUCCAGUACCAAUGAUACCGGUGUUGCCCUAAACAGAGAUAUGCGUCGAUCAUCCGGUGGUAAUCAAGAGAGUACAAUAGCAAAUGGUUCUAAAACAUCAUCGAACUUCAGCGACAGGAUCUCGCCGGUAACUCUCACACGCAGCACCAGUGAAGACAAGCGGUCACCAUCCAUGUCAUUCUCGUCGAAAGUUUCCUGCGCUGUCCUGCCAUCGUCAUCGUCCUCGUGUUCAUCCACACCAUCGUCAUUAUCGCCCGCUUCCUCACAAUGCGCUCUAAAGAUGCGAACCCCAUUAGAAUUCGACAGUAGCCAACGUAGAUUAUUAGAGACUACUUUAGAUAGUAACACAAGCACCAUUAAUAUAGAAGAAACGGCGCAACAGCAGUUAGAUAUACCAGCAGCAGCACAACUACCACCACCACACCCAGUAGAAAUUUAUAAUUACGAUUAUGCAACGAACUGUGAUGAUGAAAAGGAAGAUGAAAGAGACCACAGCCGACAGCUGCUGCUUGGGCAGGAGUGCCGAAAGGUGCCUGAAAAUACAACGAGUCCGUUGGUCGUAUCGAUGCCAACAACAGACCAGACCGCUAGGGGGUUUCCUACGGUAAAUGAGCAGCAGAAGCAUCAAAAGUGCGAUGUUCGGCGCCAGCAGUUGAAACCUCAUAAGGAAGCAAAUCUUAACUAUCACCACAUAGACAGGAAUACGGUAGACGGGCCGCGUCCCGAACAGGGCGGUGCGUACGUGACGAGCAACGGUGUGGAAUUGUCGUUGACGAAGAAUCCACAAUCCUGCAACCUUAAGAGUGAUAAGGAAGACGACGGUGAUGAUGACGAUGAUGAUGAGCUGGAUAAUUCAUCAUCUUUACUGAACACAAGUAGCCUCAGUACAAAACCCCUGCAUCAACCGAACCACACAUCUAGCUGGAACUUUCGGCGACCGAUCAUCGGUCCGAACGGCUAG